AUGGCCAAAAGAAAGGAAGAAAAUUUCUUGUCACAUGAAAAUGCCAAAAGACCAAGAAAAGGAGAGGCAGAGGAUUUUGAUGGAGGUGGUGAUGAUUAUAAUGGUACCUCUACUUUGACUGCAGCAGAAGUUGGAAUAAUUGAAGGUAUUCAACUAAAAAACUUUAUGUGUCAUUCCAUGCUUGGACCCUUUAAAUUUGGUUCUAAUGUUAACUUCGUCGUUGGAAACAAUGGAAGUGGGAAGAGUGCAGUACUGACAGCUCUCAUAGUUGGUCUUGGUGGAAAAGCAAUUGCUACUAAUAGAGGAUCUUCUUUAAAAGGCUUUGUAAAAGAUGGACAAAACUCAGCAGAUAUCUCAAUAACAUUAAGGAACAGAGGAGAUGACGCAUAUAGAGCAAAUGUUUAUGGUGACUCUAUAAUUGUGCAACAACAUAUCAGCAUGGAUGGAAGUCGAUCUUACAAACUAAAAAGUGAAACAGGGACUGUGGUUUCUACUAAGAAAGAAGAACUGAUUGCAAUUCUUGAUCAUUUUAACAUUCAGUUGUACUUAUUAGAAAGUUUUCAUUCUUUGGAAACUAUUUCUCUAAGCUACCACACCUUUUGGGAAUCAACCCAACUUGAACAGAUGAAGGAAGAUUACUCAUAUAUUAUGGAAACAAAAGACAGAACAAAGGAGCAGAUAAAUCAAGGAGAAGAGCGACUUACUGAACUAAAGCGCCAGUGUUUGGAGAAAGAGGAACGUUUUCAAAAUAUUGCUGGUUUAAGUACAAUGAAGACUACAUUGGAAUAUUUGAAACAUGAAAUGGCUUGGGCAGUGGUCAAUGAAAUUGAAAAACAAUUGAAUGCUAUCAGAGAUAAUAUCCAAAUUGGAGAAGAGCGUGCUGCUAGACUUGACAGGAAAAUGGAAGAUCAACAAGUCAGACUUAAUGAAGCAGAAAAAAAGUACAAAGAUAUUCAAGAUAAAUUAGAAAAGAUUAGUCAAGAGACAAAUGCACGUGCACCAGAAUGUAUGGCAUUGAAAGCAGAUGUUACCACUAAAACAAGGGCCUAUAAUGAAGCUGAGGUUUUAUAUAACCGUUCCCUAAAUGAAUAUAAAGCAUUAAAGAAAGAUGAUGAGCAGCUUUGUAAAAGAAUCGAAGAACUAAAAAAUAGCACUGAUCAGUCUUUGGAACCUGAGCGGUUGGAAAGACAAAAAAAAAUAAUCUGGUUAAAAGAGAAAAUAAAGUCCUUACAGGAUCAAGAAAGUUCAGUUAAUCAAGAGAUUGAACAAUUUCAGCAAGCCAUAGAUAAGGACAAAGAAGAACAUAACAGAAUUAAGGGAGAAGAAUUAGAUGUGAAGCAUAUGCUGAACUAUAACCAGAGACAAUUGAAAGAAUUGAAAGAUAGUAAAACUGAUCGACUAAAAAGAUUUGGUCCUAAUGUUCCAGCUCUUCUUGAAGCAAUAGAUGAUGCUUAUAGACGAGGACAUUUUACCUAUAAGCCUGUAGGCCCUUUAGGAGCAUGCAUUCACCUUCGAGACCCUGAACUUGCUUUAGCUAUUGAAUCCUGCUUAACAGGACUUCUUCAAGCCUAUUGUUGUCAUAAUCAUGCUGAUGAAAGAGUACUUCAGGCACUGAUGAAACGGUUUUAUGCACCAGGGACCUCAAGGCCGCAAAUAAUAGUUUCUGAGUUUCGAAAUGAGAUAUAUGAUGUAAGACACAGAGCUGCUUAUCACCCAGAAUUUCCAACAGUUCUGACUGCAUUAGAAAUAGAUAAUGCAGUUGUUGCUAAUAGUCUAAUUGACAUGAAGCGCAUAGAGACAGUGCUGCUAAUCAAAAAUAACUCUGUAGCUCGUACAGUAAUGCAGUCCCAAAAGCCACCUAAGAAUUGUAGAGAAGCAUUUACUGCUGAUGGUGAUCAAGUUUUUCCUGGACGCUAUUACUCCUCUGAAAAUACAAGACCUAAGUUCCUAACCAGAGAUCUGGAUUCUGAAAUAAGCCACUUGGAGAAUGAUGUUGAAAAUAAGAAAGCCCAAAUACUAAAUCUUCAGCAACAUUUGUUUGCCCUUGAAAAGGAUAUUAAACGCAAUGAAGAACUUCUUAAAAGAUGCCAAUUCCAUUAUAAAGAGUUAAAGAUGAAAAUAAGAAAAAGUUUUUCUGAAAUUAGGGAACUUGAGAAUAUAGAAGAACACCAGUCAGUAGAUAUUGCAACCUUGGAAGAUGAAGCUCAAGAAAAUAAAAGCAAAAUGAAACUGGUUGAGAAUAAUAUGGAGCAACAAAAAGAAAAGAUGGAGAUUCUUAAAAGUGUGAAAAUUGAAGCAGAAAACAAGUAUGAUGCAAUUAAAUUGAAAAUUAAUCAGCUAUCAGAGCUAGCCGACCCACUUAAGGAUGAAUUAAACCUUGCUGAUUCUGAAGUGGAUAACCAAAAACGAGGAAAGCGGCAUUAUGAAGACAAACAAAAAGAACACAUGGAUACAUUAAAUAAAAAGAAACGAGAACUGGAUAUGAAAGAGAAGGAACUAGAGGAGAAAAUGUCACAGGCAAGACAAAUCUGCCCAGAACGGAUAGAAGUAAAAAAAUCUGCAUCGAUUCUAGACAAAGAAAUUAAUCGAUUAAGGCAAAAGAUACAAGCAGAACAUGCUAGUCAUGGAGAUCGAGAAGAAAUAAUGAGGCAGUACCAAGAAGCAAGAGAAACCUAUCUUGAUCUGGAAAAUAAAGUAAGGACUUUAAAAAGAUUUACUAAAUUACUGGAUGAAAUAAUGAUUAAUAGAUACGGAACAUAUCAACAGUUUAGGAGGUGUUUGACUUUGCGAUGCAAAUUGUACUUUGACAACUUACUAUCUCAGCGAGCUUAUUGUGGAAAAAUGAAUUUUGACCACAAGAAUGAAACCCUUAGUAUAUCAGUUCAGCCUGGAGAGGGAAAUAGAGCUAUUUUCAAUGACAUGAGAGCCUUAUCUGGAGGUGAACGUUCUUUUUCCACGGUUUGCUUCAUUCUUUCUCUGUGGUCCAUUGCUGAAUCUCCUUUCAGAUGCCUGGAUGAGUUUGAUGUCUACAUGGAUAUGGUUAAUAGGAGAAUUGCCAUGGAUAUGAUACUCAAGAUGGCAGAUUCCCAGCGUUUUAGACAAUUUAUCUUGCUUACUCCUCAAAGUAUGAGCUCACUUCCUUCAAGUAGACUCAUUAGAAUUCUUCGAAUGUCUGAUCCUGAAAGAGGACAAACUACAUUGCCUUUCCGACCUAUAACUCAAGAGGAAGAAGAAGACCGAAGUUGA